CUUCAAAACAAAUCUGUACUAUUUUUAUCCGUCUUAAACCCUAAACCCUCAGCUCUCCUCUCUUUGUUUACGAUGCUCAAUGUUCCGAUCGUCCGCCAUACGACGCCGUCUGUUCAUUCGACUCCUCCAUACUAAACCCUGUGCUCUCUCCCCCACUAGCGCCGCCGCCUCCGCCCCUGCCGCAGAUUUUCCGGUGAGCGACACCGUCUCGCAAAUUAUUGCUCAUUUCAACAACCCGUCCACCCCUUGCCGCAGGUCGAGUUUCUUGCUGAAAUCCCUCCAAAACGAGGCCUGGUUCAUCAGUGAAGCCCGCAGAUUAGCUCCUCAUGAAAUCGACACUAUCAUCGAGAACCUCGACCCGCAAAAUGCAAUCUGUUUGUUCUUUGUUCUACAGAACGUGUUCGGCAUCCGCCACACGCGGAACGCAAAGUUCGUCGUCGCCCAUUUGUUGGCCGGAAAGCAGCGUUCGCGCGGACUCCGGUGCCAUCUUCAGCGGGUGCUCGAAGAAGAAGGCUCCGGGUCAGCACUUUCAUUCUGCAAGCUCCUUCGUGAGAACUUCGUGGGAUGGGCUUCAAGCCAUACAGUAUGGGACAUGCUGGCAUUCGUGUACUCCAAAACUGGCAUGGUCCAAGAUGCCCUUGCCAUCCUCUCCGAGAUGAAGGACUUAGAUAUCCAGCCUUCAGUCAUGACGUACAACAGCUUGCUGCAUAACCUGAGGCACACGGACCUCAUUUGGGAUGUUUAUGGCAAAAUCGAAACCACCAAAUCCCUCCCGACUGAGUACACAUACUCGAUCUUCUUAGAUGGCCUGUGCCGGCAGUCCCUAAUCAACGAGGCCAUUGCAUUCCUGCGUGAGAUUGAAGAAAGAGAGGCUGAGCCAUCUGUCAUCUGGUUCAACACCCUCAUGUCGGGAUUUUGCCGGAUGGGAUUCGUGGAUAUUGCAAAAUCUUUUUUCGUCAAGAUUUACAAAUAUGGGCUGGAGCCUGAUGCUUACAGUUACAAUAUCCUGAUUCAUGGGCUUUGCGUGACUGGGUCGCUGAAAGAAGCACUGGAUUUCGCAAAAGACAUGCAGAAUCACGGGCUUGAGCCCGAUGAAGUGACCUACAAUAUCCUCGCCAAAGGGUUUCGCCUGCUUGGCAUGGUUGACGAGAGGUGGAAGAUAAAAGAGAGGAUUUUGCAUGACGAGUUUGGCCCGAAUGAUGACUUGACCUACACGUUACUGAUUUGUGGGCACUGCAUGACGGGUAACGUUGAGGAGGGUUUUAGAAUUCGGGACGAGAUGCUGUCCAAGGGCCUUAAGUUGGACCGUAUUUCGUACCGUGUUCUGUUCAGCAGCUUGUGUAAAACCGGGCAGAUUAGAAGAGCUCUGGAUUUGCUGUAUGAGAUCGAGGGUGUCGGUCUAAAACCGGAUCUUUUUAUGUAUUCUAUGAUAAUCCAUGGUCUUUGCAAGCUUGGGGAGGUACAGAAAGCCAUCCAGCUUUACAAGGAGAUGCGUUUGAAGAGCAUAAUCCCGAAAUCUACCUUCCAAGGGGCUAAUUUACUAGGAUUGUGCAAGAAGAGAACGAUUUCCGAAGCAAGAAGCUAUUUCAAUAUUCUGACUGAAAGUGACUUGGUGCAGGAUGUCCAUUUGUACAAUAUCAUGAUCGAUGGGUACAUUAAACUCGGGAGUAUGGAGCAGGCUCUCGAAUUGUACAAGAAAUUGUUGCAGAAAGGGCUUGCCCCAACUGUAGUCACUUUCAAUUCUCUAAUUAACGGGUCGUGCAGGAACAGGAAUCUUGCCGAUGCAUGUAAAUGGUUCGAAGUCAUUAAAAUGCAUAAUUUGACACCGUCAGUUGUUACUUACACUACACUUAUGAAUGCUUUUUGUGAGGCGGGAGAUCCAGAGGCUGCAUUUAGGCUGCUCAAGGAAAUGCAGGCAAAUGGGCUGGAGCCAAAUCGAGUUACUUACACGGUAGUGAUGAAAGGUUUGUGCAUGGAAGGCAGACUUGAACAGGCUCUCGAGGUUCUUGAGGUUAUGUCGACAAAGGGCCUUUCCCCAGAUCAAGUUUCGUAUAAUAUACUUAUACAGCGCUUUUGCAGAGCUCGGGCUCUUGGACGAGCAUGCAAAUUAGUGGACAAUAUGGUUCGCCUCAAUAUACAGCCGAGCUCGGCCACGUAUGAGAUUCUCAUCAAUGGUUUGUGCGUGUAUGGAGACCUGAGUGGUGCCGAGACUGUAUUCUCUUCUCUCCAAGAACAAAAUGUUGGACUGUCGAAAGUUGCAUAUAUGACUCUAUUAAAAGCUAUUUGUGCAAAGGGUGAUGUUCGAAAGGUUAGGGUGCUCUUCUGUAAAAUGGGAGAAAACGGGUUUGAAUUUUCGGUGAAGGAUUACAGUGCUGUCAUCAAUAGGCUGUGUAAAAGAUCUUUUUUAAGUGAUGCUGUGGAUUUUUUUCGGAUGAUGCUGAUCGAUGGAGUUGUUCCUGACCAGCAAAUUUGUUCCGUUAUUAUUGGUUCUUUAGAGGGCGCUGGCAAAUUCAGUUGUAAAUCUCAGUUUUGUGCUUUCAUGUUCAAAUGUGGCUUUGAUCCCGAUUGAAUCGUACAAGAGUUUUCAGGGUGCUUAUAAUCAUAAUACGUCCUCUGGUGUACAAGGCAUGGAGCUCUUGAACGUGUGACGCAUAUCCACUCGAAUCACAAAAAACAAUAAAUUGAAAUAUUUUUUCGAGGAGAAGUAUUAUGCCAAAGUCUUCUCUUGUGCAUUCUUGGAAAUGGCACUUAUUUUCUUCCAAAAGCGCGCGUGGCAUGUCAUAUCCUAGGAUUGCCGGAUAAAUUUUGUUUUACAGUCUUGACGGCACAAAAAGAACUUGUGAAAGCAGUUAUAUCUUAUUUGGACCCAACUUAGUCCUCGGGAUUAGAUUCACGCCAGGCCAUUUCUCGUCAUUGUGCAUUACCAACUUUUGCCAUAUCAGGUUGAAGAAUCGUGUAAAGCUCGUAAUAUUGCUCGAAGCCAGCAAGACAUUUGUUGCUGUUCGGUUUUUCUGAAGCACGAGAUAGAGCAUUUCAUUGAGAUAUUGAUUCUGAAUUUUUUCAUUUUCCAUUCAUACUACACAAUUAGGAAUUGGUUAGUACUAGCCUAGCAGCUCUUAUAAUUUUGGAAAAAUGGUGCAAGGUGUAAAAUGCCACUAAUAUUCCUCAUUGCUAAUUCUUCUUAUACACAACAUAUAUAAUAUCCCUUUUGGUUCUUUAAUUACAAAACCAUACAUUAUACACUCAACUCAACAUAUAUAAUGUUCAAGAGGAAAGACUCAAUAAAAACCUUACUUUUAUGUACUUGUAUUAUGAUACAUACACACUCAAAUUCCAUCAUUAACAUAACUAAAUAGAGCAAAACCUUGUUUGGUAUAUGAAAGUACACUCUCAAAGUUUCAUUACACACAACUUGAAGCAUUUUUGACCACCCUAAGUUUACCUAGCUCUUGCACAAGCCCAUCCAAAUCCCUAUUAGAACUCCCUCCAAUCGCAAUUGCUUCUAAUGCACCAUCCCUCAACUCCUUAGCCCUAGCCCUCUCCUUCGAGCCCACACGAAUCGACUCGGAUAUCUUUCGGGCCAGCUCAUCCGGGUCAGGCACUGUGUCCCCUCCUUCACAAACCCUAAAUGCAGCCCCCAAGUAAUCCACCAACAGCUUGGCGUUCACGAACUGGUCCGCUUCCAUGGGCCAGCCCAAUAUCACAGGGCCAGCUACCACCGCCUCCAGUAAAGAGUUCCAUCCACAGUGGCUAAGGAACCAGCCCACUGCCCGGUGGCCCAGUAUCGCUCUCUGUGGGGCCCACCCUCUCAAGACUAGGCCGCGGCCCGAGACCCGGCUGUCAAACCCGUCUGGGACGGGCCCGUUUGUGGCCCAGAUGAAACGGGCCUUGCUUUUGUCAAGCCCGUUUGCCAGCGCCUCCAUUUGGGCCGUGCUGAGAACCUUCUGGCUCCCGAAACAGACGAACAGAACUGAACUGUCGUCGUUGCACUCGUCCAGCCAUGAGAUUACUGCGUGAUUUUGGGGAUCGGGCGAGUCUGGGCCCGGCCUGGAUACGAUGUUUAACGGGCCGACAGUGUAGAAUCGUGGGCUGGACAUGGCCUUUUUCAUAUGGGCCAGAAAUGGGCCUUCCAGGGCCUGGAAUGAGUUGGUGAUGGCGGCCCAGGCUGAGAAAUUAUCGAUCAUGGAGGUUCUGUGCAGGUUGAAAUGGGUACCGGCAGCAGAAGGCCCGGAUUCCUUGUACCGCCGGAACACGGAAGGAAUGUGUUCCCAGGGGAAGCUCGGAGACCCCGGGAAAUCGGGAAAUUCCAAUUCUGCCCCUGGAUCGACGCUCUCUGAGUUCACCCAGAGGCUGUUGAGGAGAUCCACCGCGAAAGCGCCGGAGCUGAAGAACACGAUCCGGGGGACGGCGAGGCGGGCGGCGAGGCGGUGGGUCCAGCCGAGGAAGAAAUCGGAGAUGGGGUCCUGGAGGGCGCUGAGGGCGGCGAUCAUGGGAAGGUUGCCUUGAUUGCCGAGAUCCUUGAUGUGCUCGACGCCGGCGGGAAUUGAGGGGUGGGAGGGGAAGGGGAGGGUAAGGGUUUGGACGGAGGAGGGGUGGGCGGCGAGGAUUGGGGCGAGGAUCGGGAGGUUGCCGCUGGUGAUUAGGAUGGUGAUGGAGAGGCCGCGGGCGGCGAGGUGGUGGGCGAGGUCGAGGAGGGGGAGCAUGUGGCCUUGGGCGGGGUAAGGGACGAUUAGGAUGUGGACGAUGCCAUUUUCGUCGGCGGCCAUGGCUGCUGCUGCUUGUACCAAUUUGAGAGAGAAGGAAAAUCUGGUUAAACAAUGGAAUUGGGUUUU